AUGCUUAAGAGAUUUGCAGCAACUACUCUGUAUGCGUUCCGCCUGCCGAUUAACUGGCAACCGGCGUCCAAUGUUUGUCUUUGUCGGACGUUAGAAUUCAAGAAAAAUAGAUUGGAGAUUGACAAUGAAGGUGCUCUAAAAAAGAUUAGACCCAAAACAGUACCACUGCCGAAAAUUACACUGUUGGGACUAGAAAAAGAUGUAUCUGUAGUCACUUUAGAUGUAGCUUCCAAGAUGUGUGAAAGACGAGGCCUGAAAUUGGUAAAAAUUGUUGAUAUUGAUACUAAAACACAGCGGCCUGUAUACCAAAUGAUGACAGCCAAUCAGUUCCUCAAAGAGGAUCAUAAAAGUCAUAAGGAUAAGGAUGAGAAAAAUCAUAAUCAACUCAAAGGGGAAAAAACAGCAUUGAUAAAUUGUCGUAUUGGACAAAGUGAUUUAGAAUCAAAAGUAAAUAAUAUCCGUAAAUGGCUUUCUAAAAUGCAUGAAGUAAGGGUGACAAUCACUGGGGAUACAGCUAAUGAGGUUGCUGAUGAAGUCAUCAAAAUGACUCAGGAGAGCUCAAGAGUUGUUCAAAGACGAGAAAAAGGAAAUGCUGUGAAGUUUCAGUUAUUACCUCCAAAAAAAUCUUGA